AUGCGAACCGCGUUGCUGUUCCUCCCCGCGAUUGCGUUUGCUGCGCCGGACUUUACUUCCCCGUUCCAACCCGCCCAGCUACAGCAGUCGCCCGCGCAAAGUAACGACACGCUCGUCGACGAUGCCGCAUUGGACCUGCUGAAGCGCCAAACUGGCUCCAACGAAUGCGCUUCGGGCUACCGGGCCUGCACAAACAUCAACCAGCCAGGCCUAUGCUGCAGGACUACUGAGGUCUGCUCCAUCGACGGCGCGGGCCACCCAGCGUGCUGCCCGAACGGCAGUGCCUGCACCGGCACCAUCGCGCCCAUCACCCAAGGAACCUCGCCCACGAGCACCGGCACCCAGACUACCACGCCUACCGGAGCCACAACAACAAUCACGGUGACGCCAGGCACGAGCACCGACUUCGUCCAAGGCUCCGCAGGCGCAACAAGCUGGGUACCAAACACCUUCUUCCCCUUCGCCUACCUCCCCACGACUUACAGAUCCGCAGCCGCCUGCUCAUCCGCUUAUUCGCGCUGCCAGUCGGAUGCUGCGCGCUGCACGGCUGCUCUAGCCGGUGGCCAGAACUUUGGCGUCACCGUCUCUGCGCCUAAUGGCGGCGUCACCAUCACAGCUGUGCCGAGCGUGGGAACUGCCGCUGCGAAUUCCAUCUGCAGCAGUCUGAGCCAGGCUGCGUGCUCGGGCGACUGGAAUGUCCAGGCCUGUUCGACAUACGGGCCAGGAGAUGGUAGCAGCGCAGGCAGGUGCGGUGUAGGGAGGUAUGGUGUAGGAGCUGGUGUAGCGCUGGGAGUGGUUGGCGGUAUGCUAAGGUGA